UUCACACGGGUGCGCAUGUGGCGUCGCUGGAAACGAACAUACAGCCAUUCAUAGGGAGCUCGUGGUUUUAUUUUCAUACUAGUAGCGAUCGGAUCCGAGGAGCGGCGGACUUUCACAGCGGGUAAGAAGUGUCUGCAGAACCGCGUUGAGGACUCGGGGGGGGGGGGGUCCGUGGACCAUCACCCGCGACCACCGCGAGGGCUCUGCUGCUGCGAAUCGGAGUGAUGCUGCACUCCAGAGCACGUGCCAUGAGCUGAUUCGAGUGGGAAGAAUUCGUGGCACCGUGGGGCACUGAAGUGGAACGCACACACGGACGGACAGGCACACGCUCCGUCCUGUUGAACUGCGCGAGCAUGAGGAGCUCCGAGGACGCGGACGGCUUCGACGGCGAGGCCUCCAACACAUCCAUGAUGUCGGGGGCCGGCAGCCCCUACCAGCCCACGACUGAGCCCGUCCGCGCGCGGCGCGUGCUGGGGGGCGUGCGCUGCGAUUUGGCGUACCUGCGCUCCAGCUUCGGCGUGUUGAAAGUGCUCGAGGUGGUGCUCUCCCUCAUCGCCUUCAUCUGCAUAGAGACCAUCAUGCUGUGCCUGCCCUGUGGGGGGGUCUACUUCUUUGAAUUUGUCAGCUGCUGUGCCUUCGUAGUCACCGGUGUCCUCCUGCUGACCUUCAGUCUUAACCUACAAGCCAAGGUGCCACACGUCAACUGGUCCCUCACGGACCUGGUCAACACAGCAGCCACCACUUUCUUCUUCCUCCUGGCUUCCAUUGUGCUAGUUGCGCUGAACCAUCAAUCUGGAAGGGAGAUCACUGCAGCGGUAUUUGGCUUCCUGGCCACUGCUGUGUACUCCUUCAACACGCUCCUGGCAUUCAGGCGGUGGCGCGGCGGGGAGGCGCAGCCCGGCCCGGGCCAGAGCAGUGAAUACACGCGCGCCCGCACCACGUCCCACGGCGAAAUGGAGGCACGGCCCGAGUUGCAUUGAUCCACACCCUGCCCACACCACCCUGCCCUCCUCAAGAAGAUGGUGUGUUAAACCAGAGACUCAUGCGCUCCUUUCCCACCCCCCGUCCCACUUUGUCCUGUCCAGCUCCUCUAGGAGGAGCAUAGUCCAACAUGGACACACCUCUUUUCCCACAGACCCUCUUUAUUGGCUGGAAAUUCUGCAUAUUAAUUAGAAGCCCGUCCUCUAGAAUGUCUGUGUUCCCAACCGUGUUCAUCCACACUCCUCGUCUUUUAUCUCCGGUAAUCUUCGACUUCUUCCUCUCAGACUUCUUUCUGAGAGCGACUGAGACGAGCAAGGCAUGGUUUGUUCACUGUGAUAUAGGUGUACAGCUUUGUUCUCAGUAUUGCUGUGUAUGUAUCUUCACUGACAGCUUUUUCAGCCCAAGGUCCCAUUUUGCUUGCUGCAAGCCUGGGUUGUGGAUUUAAAGCCCAGGGUGAAUAGUGACAGCAAAGAGUGCUGUUCCACUGGUAAGGGCUGAUGCUCCACACUCCUGCAUAGGUCUUCUGUGUUUCUCAACACAUUUUACAGUUUUUUACUGUGGUUGCACUGUCCACUUACCUAUAGGAUAAAUAUAAUUGUACUGUAUGCAGAGCCUGCAUUCAGCCCUGUUUAAGACAAUCAUCAAAUGAAGGGUUUUAAAGCAACGUUCCUCAAGCGCAAGAAGUCGAAAGAAAAGACAAGUAGCCAGUGGAGUGUUGCGCAUUUUUUUUCUGUUAUACGGAAGCAAAUCUGAAGACUUGUAAGUAGAGGAUCAAUCAGGGGUUUUUGUAUUUACAUAGUAAAGUGAACUCUAACAUGGUCUUAGGAAACAUGAGUCAUUGCGAUGGGACGUGUUUUUGCAACCUGCAGGCCGACUGAGGCCACAUUAUGGGAUAUAUGACUGGAGCAAUGGCUGAGCUCACAGACCCAGCAUGCCCACACGAGGCACACACAGCUGCCUUUUCUCACCCCAGGAAUCUAGGGGCCGUGCUAGGCAACAUCCCUUCUACAAGUGCUCACUGUGAGAUAUCACAAUCAUAGCCUUUCUUUCAUAUAGUUCAUGGCAAAGUGUGUGAGUGUGUGAUUACAAAGAAUUGAUGUCACAUGUUCUACCUGAUAGAGAAUUAAAUUGAAUUAUUGCAGGAGAGCAGUGUGUUUAUAUGCCAGAGGAAUGGUGGGGAAGCCUCUGUGUGUGUGGUGCAGCUAAGGAACCUAGAGGCCAAGCACCACAGUUCUAUCUUCAGCUUUUGUUGCCAUCAUGUGUGUUCAUGUUUUAUCCAUCCAGCCAUUGUCAACAACCACUUGCCCCAAGCAGGAUUGCUGGAAGCUGGAACCUUACCUGG